AUUAAAUAUAAUACGCGGCUCCCCCGCCCUAUUUUAUUAGUUCAGUUUGUUGUUACAUUCGUCGAUGACGUGUGAAGCGCGGGAAAAAUAUUCGAAUAUAAAAAUACGUGAUAUUAAUAUAUUUUUUUAGCUGUGAUUAUUAUUAAAUAAAUAGAGCAAGAUGUCGCGGUUAGACGUGGUGAUAUUUGGCGCUACGGGGUUCGCCGGGAAGCAGGUAGUCGUUUACAUGGCGAGACUAUCCAAGAAGUACGACUUCGGCACUUGGGGCGUCGCUGGACGUUCUCAGGCAAAGCUCAGCGCAUUGAUGGCUGAAAUCUCCAGAGAGACGGGCGAAGACCUCUCCGCCGUUAAGCUGAUAGUAGCAGAUGUCGGUGAUGAGAAGUCGCUCCGAGAGAUGUGCGCUCAGACCAAUGUGCUGAUCAACUGCUGUGGUCCCUUCCGGCUGUAUGGGGAGCCUGUCGUUAAGGCUGCUGUCGAGAGCAAGACGAACUACGUGGAUAUUACUGGGGAACCACAGUUUAUAGAACUCAUGCAGAUUCGAUACGAUGAGAAAGCACGCGAGGCGGGAGUGUUCGUGGUCAGCGCGUGUGGGUUCGACAGUAUCCCAGCCGACAUGGGCGUCACAUUCCUAAAACAAAACUUUAAAGGAACAUUGAACUCCAUAGACUCGUACCUCAGUUUCUACUUACCGUCAGAGUUUGAUGCGGAAGCGGAUGAACAUGGAGUGAUAGGCACCGGCACUUGGGAGUCCUUGGUAUACAGCGCCGCCGUUCUCAAUGAAAUGCCAAGGCUACGCAAAGCUCUGUUCCCCGAACCAGCACCGCAGAUGAAGCCUGUCGUCAAACAAAAGAGUAUGACAAAGAAGGAUAACGAAUGGUACCUCGAGUUUCCGGGAGCCGAUGCAUCAGUAGUUUACCGAUCACAGCAAUUUGACUACCAGAACGAACAACAGCGUCCCGUACAGUUCAACGCUUACCUGAAGACAGGGUCUCUCUGGCAGACGAUUAGCCUCGCUAUGAGAGCUCUCACUGUGGUGUUGAUGUCUAGGAGCGAGUGUACUAGGAAGUAUUUGUUGAAUAACCCGAAGUACUGGUCAGGGGGGUAUGUGACUAAGGAAGGUCCAACAGCAAAUGUAACGAAUAAUGUUCACUUUACAUUCGAGAUGGUUGGCAACGGCUGGCCUGAAGGAGCCGAUGUCGAGAAGACGCCGCCUAACAAAACUGUUGUCGCUAAGAUUACAGGAAAGAACCCAGCGUACGGGUCCACAGUGGUGGCCGUGCUCAUGUGUGCCCACACCAUACUCAAGGAGAGACAAAAUAUGCCCGCACCGGGAGGUGUGAUGUCAUCUGGGUCGGCUUUCAAGAACACCACACUCAUACAGAAGCUGACUGAUAACGAUCUGAAAUAUGAAAUUGUUAGCAAGUAACGCCUAGCCUAGCUAACCUGCCUAGCCUAGCCUAGCCUAGCUUACUAGUCUAGCGGAGCCUAGCCUAGCUAAGCUUAGCAUAUCUUUACUACUUAGUUUCUUUAUUAAGUAAGCACGACUAGGUUCAAAGUAUGUUAAGGAAAUUGUUCGUCGAAUAUGGUACAAGCAGCUUAUAAAGUUAUUUAUAUAGAGUAGGUACAAAGCACAAGUACUUGGUACUUUGUACCAUGUUAAAUAACAUAAUUACAUUCAAAACUCAAUAUACAAAUAUAGGACAUCAAUUUAUUUAAUAAGGGUAAGCUACCUCCUGCCUAGGGUUAAGAUUUUAAAAUUUAUAGAAGGAAACAAGAAUAUUUUAUUAUAAAAUCAACUUUAUUUGCAGUUAAAAAUGAUUCAAUAUUCCAUGAGACUUUCAGAACUUUAAUAUAUGUGCCAGCUUCUACAAAUAAAAUAGAGAUCCUAAAAUCCUAAGCUAAUAAAUCGUAACUUUAUUUUGAUGUUAGU